AUGGAGUUCACUGAAUCUUACAAGCAAACGGGCCCCUGUUGUUUCUCGCCCAAUGCUCGCUUCAUUGCUGUUGCAGUUGAUUAUCGCCUCGUCAUUCGGGAGACCCUUUCCUUCAAGGUUGUGCAGUUGUUUUCAUGCUUGGACAAGAUUAGCUAUAUUGAAUGGGCCCUUGAUUCCGAAUAUAUUCUUUGUGGUCUCUACAAAAAGCCAAUGAUACAGGCUUGGUCGCUGACCCAGCCAGAAUGGACAUGCAAGAUAGAUGAAGGACCUGCUGGUAUUGCAUAUGCAAGGUGGAGUCCAGAUAGCCGCCACAUACUCACCACAUCAGAUUUCCAGUUGCGUUUAACUGUGUGGUCUUUGUUAAAUACAGCCUGUGUGCAUUUACAGUGGCCAAAACAUGCUUCCAAAGGAGUUUCUUUUACACGUGAUGGAAAAUUUGCAGCAAUAUGCACAAGGCGUGAUUGCAAGGACUAUAUAAAUCUGUUAUCCUGUCACACGUGGGAAAUCAUGGGCAAUUUUGCAGUUGACACUCUAGAUUUGGCUGAUAUUGAAUGGUCUCCCGAUGAUAGUUCGAUAGUGAUAUGGGAUUCCUCUCUUGAAUACAAGGUUCUAAUAUAUUCUCCAGACGGAAGGUGCCUUUUCAAGUACCAGGCAUAUGAAAGUGGAUUGGGAGUUAAAAGCGUGUCCUGGUCUCCUUGUGGUCAGUUUCUGGCAGUGGGAAGUUAUGAUCAGAUGUUGCGGGUCCUGAAUCACCUUACUUGGAAGACAUUUGCGGAGCUAAUGCACCCAUAUACAGUUCGGGGCCCUUGUUAUGCUGCUGUUUUCAAAGAAGUAGAUGAGCCCCUCCAACUUGAUAUGUCUGAACUAUGUUUGAGUGAUGAUUUUUCCCAAGGGAAUGAUGAUUCUCCUGAGGAACCUUUUAGAGUCAGGUAUGAGGUUAUGGAAGUUCCUAUCAAUUUACCAUUCCAAAAGCCUCCUGCUGAGAAACCUAACCCUAAACAAGGAAUUGGUAUUUUGUCAUGGAGCAAUGAUAGCCAAUACAUAUGCACUCGUAAUGACAGUAUGCCUACAAUACUUUGGAUAUGGGAUAUUCGACACCUGGAGCUAGCUGCAAUCUUAGUCCAGAAGGAUCCUAUACGAGCGGCAGCUUGGGACCCGACAUGCACACGCCUCGUUGUUUGCACUGGAAGCUCUCACUUGUAUAUGUGGACUCCAUCCGGUGCCUAUUGUGUUCAUGUUCCUCUACCACAAUUUACUAUAACUGACCUGAAAUGGAAUUCAGAUGGCAGUUGCCUACUUCUUAAGGACAAGGAAUCAUUCUGCUGUGCUGCUGUACCCUUAUUGCCUGAAUCUAGUGAAUACAGCUCAGAUGAUUGA